AUGACCCUGGACAAAAUGGACAAUUUGAGUCUGAAAGGAGCAUUUCCCCGAGCUGAGUUAGUUGAAUUUGAAGGUGUUUAUGUCUCAAAACCAAUAUAUAGCACAUUGGAAAAGCUGCGCAAGUUCAAAGCCAGACCUGAUGAUCUGCUCAUCGCGACCUACGCAAAAGCAGGUACCACAUGGACACAGGAGAUAGUGGAUAUGAUUCAACAAAAUGGAGAUGUUGAGAAGUGUAGACGUGACACUACUUACAGACGGCAUCCCUUCCUUGAGUGGUUUAUCCCAGAGCCUCCAUCUCUACGUUACUCAGGCCUGGAGCUAGCUGAAGCUAUGCCUUCUCCAAGAACAAUAAAAACUCAUCUGCCUGUGCAACUGGUGCCUCCCUCCUUUUGGGAACAAAACUGUAAGGUAAUUUAUGUGGCAAGAAAUGCAAAAGACAACUUGGUGUCAUACUACCAUUUCCACAGAAUGAAUAAAGCAUUGCCAGAGCCAGGAACCUGGGAGGAGUUCAUGGAGAAAUUCAUGACUGGAAAAGUGCUCUGGGGUUCCUGGUAUGACCAUGUAAAAGGAUGGUGGAAGGCAAAAGAUAAGCACCGUAUUCUCUACCUCUUCUAUGAAGAUAUGAAAGAGAACCCAAUGAAAGAAAUUCAGAAGAUUAUGAAAUUCCUGGAGAAAGAUCUGAAUCAGGAGGUUCUAAACAAAAUUCUCCGUAACACCUCAUUUGAGGUAAUGAAGGAAAACCCCAUGGCAAACUACACUAAGGAAUUUCAAGGAAUAAUGGACCACUCUGUUUCCCCAUUCAUGAGAAAAGGAUCUGUUGGUGACUGGAUGAAUUAUUUCACUGUGGAACAGAAUAAGAAAUUUGAUGAAGAGUAUAAGAAGAAAAUGGCUGAUACUUCUCUUGUUUUUCGCACAGAAUUGUGACUGUGAGCAAUGGGAAAUAUUCUCUAUGAUCUUCAGUCAUUUCUGUUUCGUAUAUUUUGCCUUUCCUUCACAAAAUGCCUGUGCCCCUAAGAUUUCAAUAUCUCUUUUUUGACACAGCACUGAUUUAUCAUUAUUGUGAGAGUGCACGAGUUAUACAGAAGUUGAGGUUGGUCUCCCUGAGAAAGAUAAUCUCCUUGAUACUUCUCAUUCAUCCCUCCCACAGCAUUAGCAAAAAUAUUUCAGAAAUGCUUUGAGGUUUUGUCUUUGUAAAAAUGCAGUUGUUACUGAUGGCUUUUUCAAAUCAACCUCUAAUAAGAACUACCAAGUAUCAGGAAAAAAUGGUGUUAAAAGAGUGCAACAGAUACAGGCAUUGCAUCUUAUUCACACAUUGCACAAACAUUAAUCAGUAAAUAACAAUAAACAAACUUAAAGUAAAAACAGAACAAUAGAAGUGCACUCAUUUUGUUUUCCUCUCAUUUUAACCUG